AUGUGUGCAUCUGAGUGUGGUCGAGCUCGUAAUAUUUUUGAUGCACUACUGACAUUUAUGGAGGUUAAGAAAGGUGAUUCGCACAUUGAAAAUUCUGUGAUACGUGAAUAUGUCAACCAAAAGUGUAGUAGACUACGAUAUCCUCCUCAGUUGGCUUUGGAAAUGUCGAAAUUGUAUUCAUCAUCGAAGUUGCCUGUGAUAUCGACAGACAAUCCGCGUGUUUCCUGUGGUCAAUAUAAACGUUCAUCGUGCAAUAUUCAACAACGGGACCGUGGGUACUUAAUAAUAGACGAAAGUCAUUUCAGUGUUAAUUCUUCGUGUGUACGUGUCAAAUCCAAUACCGUGAUGGUGCAUAACACAAGUCACCCUCGUACGAAAGCUCAACUGCGUAAAGUAAGCACGAUAAACGCGUCAAUUGAGACAACACCGGAGAGGAUUACAUCAGGUGUUAGGGGAGAAUGUAACAAUGAGUGUGGACAACCAGAAGGCCCCUUAUCGCACAUUGAAAAUACGGAGUUGUCAACUUCUGAGGCGGCAGUCGAGUCUGUUCACGAGGGGAUAUGCGAAUCAUCUGAACCACUUCGUGAAAUUUCGUCUUCAGUGAGAAGAAAUAAGCGUGGUAAGCGUUCUCGACGUUUCCAGACUAGUUGUGAAAAGCAAAGAAGACUGUCGUCUUCAACAGAAUCCAGGUCACUGCCUACGACUGCAUCUGAAUGCUCACCAAUGUUGAAAGGAGACUUAAUCAAGGUUAAAUUGAUCUCAUCACUUGAUCUGGUUGGAGAUGAAGAAGCUAAACUUUUAAGAAUGCCGUAUUGUGUUUGUACGUAUGCAUCGCAAUCUGAGAAACAUGAAAUGAAAUCUCAUUUACUACUUGGCGAUGUAAUACGAGUGUUAUAUUUGUUACUUACAAAUCGUAAACACCAGAAUAUUGCCUUGCAAGUAUUAAGACACUGUUGGAUAUAUUGUCAUCGAGUCCCCCUAGCUGAUAUACGUCUUUUUACAUUGAGGGGUUUAUCAUCACGAGACUCUGCUCAUCUGUCUCAGUAUCCAUUGGUAAAUUCAGAGUCACCACCACUGUUUGUUGUCCGGUGGUUAUCUGACAGUCUGUUGAAGGGGACACUAGAAAUUGCCUGUAGCUGUCUACCACGUGACCGAUGCUGGUACAACUGUUGUUCAGAAAGAUUUCUGCGGCCAUUAUCACGUCUAAUAUUCAGACAUGAUGCGAAAGAGUAUAUUUUGAAUUUGUCAAAAUACCUUUCAUCGAAAUGUCGUCAAAUUUCAAAUGCUUCUUCUUCAUCGUCAGCAUCAUUAGAUGUGUUGUCGCACACUCCGAAAGUCAGUAGCAGCAGCAGUAGUCAAAGUGAAAGGCGUGUCUCACGUGAUGAUGUCCAUGAUGCUAAUGUGAGACUGCUCAGUGAUCGAUGUGCUGGAGUGGACUCUUCUGUAUCACACUCCAGUAACCCGUGUUCCCCUAAUAUUAUUCCUCAGACAAGGUUACUUAUUGCUGUUAACCAAACAUGUUCAAAGAAUGUUACAAGUAUGUCACCUAACACCUCCUCAUCUUUAGAUUCUAAUUCUCUUCGAACCACAGAGGUGAUGAAUUCGUCCAAAUCUCCUGUUUCGGUGAGUAAAAGUACUACUGAUAAUUCAGAAUUGAAUUCUUUAAAGUUAGUUACUGAGAUUGUUGUGGAUGAUGUGCCAUCACUUGAGGGUUUUUCAAAUCCCUUAUCAUCAGGAAAUGCUUGUAAUAAUAGUCCUACUGAAGUUGAUGUUGCCUGCAGAGAAAAGGGAUCUAUGAGAAAUUCAUAUGAUUGUGAGAAAGAAGUUAACCGUAGCCAGUGUUCUCCUCAACCGACUCGGGUGUGCAGUUCUGUGGUGUCAAAAAACAGUGAUACGUUAACGGUCGUUACUAAUGCAAGUGAUUCAUGUGGAAGUGCUUUGCAAAUGUCAAUUGAUUCCCGAGGUGAAUCAUUGGUUCAGAGUGCUCCGCUUAGUGUGAGUGGAACAAUGGAAUGUACUCAUUUGGAAAACUUUUCAUCCGUACCGAAUAAACUAUCAGACAGUCUUAUGUUGGUCUCAUCACGUAGUGAAUGUAAUGAAUCUGAAGCGCAGUCUGUUCCAUCAAACGCUGAUGUGGACAUACCAUCUCCUUUGCAUGUUUCAAUCAAUAAUGUUGAGAAUAUGUCUUCACAGCCUAACACAGCUGAACCUACGGAAGAUGAUGACGUCAAUACAGGUAACCCUGUUCCUUCGUCUAAUUCUGAUGGGAUUUCAAAAAGCCCAGGUGCUUUCACAAACAAUCGCGAUUCACCUUUGAAGGAUUCAAGUUGCCAAGAUGAUCAUAAUGAAGAGUCGAUAUAUUCUCUUGAGAACAAUUCUGAUGAGAUAUCAGAAAGUGGAUCCCAGUUAUCGUCUGUUGGUAUCGUUGUCUCUAUAAACCGGAAGAAAGAAAAUUCGAUAAAGAAGGUGUGCAUUUAUUUACCCAGUAAUACUGUUGCUAACUCCCCUAUUAAGAAUAUUGUCUGUCAAUGUAGUAGUGGGGAGGAGCAUUCCGACUCUGAUCAGGUGAACAGUUGCACAAUGACUCUUGAUAGACGGCGAGUUGGGAAAUUGAAACGGAAGCUGAAGAAACUGAACCACUUACCUGUUUCUAGAACCAAUACUUCUGAAAUCUCAGAAAAGAAUUCCACUUCACAAAUUGAAAGUCUCAUGUGCUUGAUUCCGUCAACUAGCAACAGUUUUUCAUUGACAAAGUUUCCAAAUGGUUCACAUAAUUUGACUAAUUUCCGUGUGAAACAACCAUUAAGUGAUCUUGUGUCUCUUCCUUCUUGGGUGCAAGAGAAAUCUCUGAAUUCUAAAGCUCCCGGACCAGUGACGGCUUCGGUAUUAGGACUAUCUGCGUUCCCGCUUUCAACUGUAUCAGUUAGCUCGACUUCUGAUGAAUAAAAUCUCAUCUUUUCUACAGAUUACUGUUAUUGUUUAAUAUCUGAUUUACAACGUCCUUGACUUGUAUAAAUGUGUACAUAAUGCACUUGUGAUAUCUAUCGAUUGAUAAACGAAGAUUUAUUUUGUGUACACGAUUGUGUUUAUUGCUAU